GUACCCCACAUACUGAAAAGCAAACCACACAAUUAGAUUCAGAGCAAUGGAUGUUCUCAGAUUCACCUCAAACCUUAGCACCACUCAGAUGCUUCCACUGUCAAAAAAACACCAAACACAACCACCUCGUACAAAGUUUUCCGUUUCAUGCAGAGCCACAAAACAGAAACCAUGUGCGGUGGAGGAGAACUUGUACAAGGUACUGAGUCUGAGUCCCAUGAGUGCAACCACAGAUGACAUAAAGAAAGCGUACAGAUCAAUGGCUCUUCAGUACCACCCUGACGUGUGCCAUGACGGUUCCAAGAAAGAGGAGUUGACGAGGAUGUUUGUGCAACUCAACGAAGCCUACACCACGUUGUCGAACCCAGAGCUUCGAGCAGAUUAUGAUUAUGAGUUGGGUUUGAGAAGCAAGAAAAGUGUGGGUGAUGAGAGUUGGAGAUGUAGGUGGCAGGAGCAGGUGGUUGAGUUGAAGAGAAGGUCUCACACUCGUAUGGCACAGAGGGAGGGAUCGUGGGGCUCUAGAGUCAGAGCACGAAACAUGAAUUCAAAUGAAACAUAUGAAUGAACGAACCACUUCAAAUACUAUGAGAUCAGCUUGUGUUUUUACUUGGAUGAAUAUCUCUGUAUGCUCUGUCUGUAAUAUGUAGUUCAGUUUUUCAAUACUACAGAUUACGCAGGAUUAGUUCUACUGCAGUGGUUGAUAUACUGUAUAAUAAUUUUAUUUUUUCUGAACUAAGAGUUAUCAGGAUGAAAAUCAUUCACUACUUAAUAGGUA